UGCAUCAAAUCUUCUCUUCUUCUUCUUCUUCUAAAUCCAUCUCUCUCUCUCUCUCAUUAAUAAAUUGAUUUUCUUAGUUUUCGUUCCAAGAAACCGAUUAAUAUUCAAGUUUCCAGAAUCAUUCAUCAACAGCGAUGACUGUGGAGAAGGGUACAUGGAUAUCUAUGAUUUCCAGUUGUUUCAAGCCACAUGAGAAAGAGAAACGAGCAUCGUCUAAACCCAAAAAGGAGGUUACUAAACAAGCUUCAUUUCAGAGACUUUCGCUGUCUGAUUUGAGCAAUCCAAGUUCACUCUCCGAGGAUCUAUCAAUUUCUCUUGCUGGCUCAAACCUUCACGUUUUUACGCUUGCUGAGCUCAAGGUCAUCACGCAGGGCUUCUCUUCAAGCAACUUUAUCGGUGAAGGAGGAUUUGGACCAGUGCACAAGGGUUUCAUUGAUGACAAGCUCAGACCUGGCUUGAAGGCUCAGCCUGUGGCCGUCAAGCUUUUGGACUUGGAUGGUUUACAAGGUCAUAGGGAGUGGUUGACGGAAGUGAUCUUUCUUGGGCAGCUGAGGCAUCCGCAUCUGGUUAAGUUGAUUGGCUAUUGUUGUGAAGAAGAACACAGGCUUCUGGUUUAUGAAUAUAUGCCACGAGGCAGCUUAGAGAAUCAGCUGUUUAGAAGAUAUUCUGCAUCGCUACCUUGGUCGACGAGAAUGAAAAUUGCCCUUGGAGCUGCAAAGGGUCUCGCCUUCCUCCAUGAAUCACAGAAACCUGUGAUAUAUAGAGAUUUCAAAGCCUCGAACAUCUUGUUAGACUCGGAUUAUACGCCUAAACUUUCAGAUUUUGGGCUAGCAAAGGAUGGUCCUGAAGGAUCUGAGACUCAUGUUUCCACCCGAGUCAUGGGAACUCAAGGCUACGCUGCUCCUGAAUAUAUCAUGACAGGUCAUUUGACGUCAAUGAGCGAUGUAUAUAGCUUUGGAGUAGUACUCCUGGAGCUUCUUACAGGGAGAAGGUCUGUGGACAAGAGCCGUCCACAAAGAGAACAAAAGCUGGUAGAAUGGGCGAGACCCAUUUUGAAUGAUCCUCGAAAACUUGGGAGGAUAAUGGACCCAAGACUCGAAGGUCAGUACUCGGAAACAGGGGCUCGAAAAGCAGCUGCACUGGCUUAUCAAUGCAUGAGCCACAGACCAAAACAAAGACCAACCAUGAGCACUGUUGUGAAGAUCCUAGAACCUCUAAAAGAUUUCGAAGAUAUUCCCAUUGGACCCUUUGUGUACACAGUUCCAACGGAAACUGAAAAACCUAAAGAAGAUGAACCCAAGAAAGAUGUGAAGAAGGACGACGGACAUCACCGCCGCAAGCAUCCACUCCACCAUGGCCACCGGAGGCAUCACCACAGAUCAACUAGGUCACCAACCAUUCAUUCAGAAACUGCUCUAAGCCAAAAUCAAAGAAAUGUGUUGAACAGUCCCCUGCAUCCAAAAGCCAAGGGAGCAUAGAGAUCAGCAUAAACUGUAAUUAAAUUAAUCACACACCGUAAAUACACAAUUUUUUUUUUGUUUCCUUGUGAUUAUCCUUGAAUUAGCAUACUGUGACGGCAAAAGCACAAACACCGGUCGUUUUACUUGGAUUUGUUCUUUGUUUUUUAAAUAUUUUGACUGUAUCUCUGCUGAGGUGAGCAAUUAGGUAGAGAGGAGUUGCAACUUGUUCUUGUGACUUGUUCAAGAAUUUACAGGUUAUACAAAAAUGAUUACAUUAAUGUAAUUAAGAACAGAUUUUUCAACCAA